AUGUUUGGGAAGAGAGGAAAACAGGGUGAUCAGGCUUUUACUCGGAUUCCUGAUCAAUUAAGAGCGCUGCCCGUGGUCGGCGACCAAAUCUUCCCUCAGCAACUUUCAGCUUUACGGAAGAGCUCAGUUAAGUUUUGUAUUAAGUCAGUCAUUUUGUAUGCACUAUAUCAAGUAAAAACAGGUGGUUUACCUGUUUACGUUAGUAUACUAACAAAGCUCCCCCCCUCCCCCUUGCAGCUUCAGACUGGUAUCUCUAGACUUAGAGUUCAAACACAGCACCUGAGGAUACCAAGUAGCUCUUCUAUGCAUAGUUCACCUUCUCCACCCAGUGGGGCACAGAGGAGAGUAGGUGGGUACAGGGUGUACAAGCUGCAAGUAAGGCCCUUUAUUCAUUGAUUUCUUUCCCCCAAUUAAUGGAUCUUUAAUCUGUAUGUACCGACUUUUUUUCUCUGAAAACUUCAACUGAGCUGCUCUUUACUUCCAUGCAAUAUUGUAUACUCGAUUGUGUAUAGAAGAAGCUGGUGAGAGUGCCCUCCUACAUAAGCAAUUGCAGUGUUUUGCAUGCAAAAUUUUAAGAAUUUAAAUCGUCCUGAUUCUAUUUUGUAAAUGGAGAAAAACAAUCAUAUCUUUCUAAGCAGUAAUGGAGGAAGACUAGUGCUUUGUGCAUUUUGAUAUAUUUGAGUUUCAUUUUUUCCAUAAUGUAAUACUUUUGACACAAUUGAGUUUCUCAUAUUAUCCUAGUUCAUGUACAUCCGAAUGCUAAAUAAUACUGUGUUUAAGUUUUGUGUUGCAAGAACAAAUGGAAUAAACUUGAAUUGUGCUACAA